AUGUCUGUGUUAUCAGCACCAGGUAAAGUUAUAUUAUUUGGUGAACAUGCAGUAGUAUUGGGAAAGACAUCAGUUGCAACUGGUUUAUCAUUGCGAAGUAACAUUCAAGUUGAAACACCAAAAACACCUGAACAAUCACAACAAAUCACACUUUCAUUCCCUGAUAUUCAAUAUUUUGGUGUUAAAUCAUACGAUCUCUCUCGUUUGAGGUCAUUACCUUCUUAUCAUAAUGCAAUUGAAACAAAAGAUAAUCUUAUACCAUUUGAAUGUGAUGAACAAUUUCAAAAUGAAUUGGCAGGUAUUGCAGAUUCAAAGGGUAUUCAAACCAUGUUGUUUUUAUAUUCUGCCAUUGCUAAACUAAAACAUGGUAUCUAUGUACAUUUCCAAUCUGAUUUGCCAAUGGGUGCAGGUCUUGGUUCAUCGGCUGGUUUCUGUGUCUGUAUAGUCACUGUAUUAUUGUCAAUGUUUGAUAUCUAUGCAUGUGGUGGAUGUGAACAAUGCACUAGUUUUGAAAAGGUGGCAGACACUGAUACAGAGACCACCAUCUCUUUUACUCCAUGUCAACAACAAUUGGAACUUAUCAACAAAUGGUCAUUACAAGGUGAAAAGAUUAUGCAUGGUACUCCAUCUGGUGUUGAUAAUGCUGUUAGUACUUUUGGUAGAGCUUUAACUUUUACAAGAAAAGAUGGUUAUAAAAUUUUAGAUAGAAUUCCACCAUUAAGAUUAUUAAUAGUUGAUACAAAAGUUAGUAGAUCAACCAAAGUAUUGGUUGAGAAUGUUAUCAAUAGACACAAGACCUAUCCAACAUUGAUUGAACCGGUCGCACAAUUGAUCGAUACCAUCUCUAAUCAAUGUAUAGAGGCAUUUAAUCAAUAUUUCACAGACAAUGAUAUGGAGAAGCUUCAAAAGGCAAUAGAGUUGAUGAUCGAUAUGAACCAUUCAUUGCUCACUGGUUGUUUUGGUGUUGGACAUUCGACACUUGACAAGAUUGCUACCAUUGCCAGAUUACAUGGUGUUCAUGCCAAGUUGACUGGUGCCGGUGGUGGUGGAUGUGCCAUUGUACUUUUACGUUAUGAUAUGACAGAGGGAGAGGUCUCUCGACUCAGAGAAUCACUCAAAGAAGCCGGUGGUUUUGAAUCAUGGGAAGCUACAAUCGGUGACAAAGGUGUUCAAGUUGAUAUUAUAAAUAAUUAA